GUUUCAUUGUUGUUUUUGUUUUUAAAGUAAGCGGUUGUGCGGUCGUUCUGUUGCGGGUGUUUCGCGAGUAAUUAUUUAAUUUUUAUAACAAGUCAAUAGAUUUUAAAAGAAUCCGUACGAUCCUUAAUUAGAAACAAAAAAAAAGCAAACUAAACAAUAAAGUAAGAAAGACAACUCGGAAAUUUGUCUCUCCAUCUCAUUCUCUUCCUACAUCAUAAAUGUGUUCGGCCAGCAGCUACAAAUUAGCGAUUUAAGUUAAUGCUGCAUAUAUGACAGACCCACACAAAAUUGUCAGCGAUUGAGACUGAAAAUGAGCCGCCAACACCAGCGGCACCACCAUCACCACCCGCUGCAGCAGCAGCAGCUGGCGGCCAACCAGCAACAGCUGACGGCUCAGCAGCAACAACAACAGGCUCUGCUUAUGGAGGAGCAUGCUGCAGCCGCCAAGGCGGCGGAGUUGUUCGAUCUGCUCUGUGUGGCGACAACAAUGCGACAGAUUCUGGCCUUGCAUCGGGAAAUGUGCGAGGCGGUUGGUCUGCGUCCAUCGCCACUGAAUGAUUUCUAUCCCAAGCUUAAGGCCAAGGUGAGAUCAUGGAAGGCGCAGGCAUUGUGGAAGAAAUUUGAUGCACGUGCUGCCCAUCGGGUGUAUGGCAAGGGUAUGGCAUGUUCGGGGACCCGAGUCCUGGUCAUUGGAGCCGGACCGUGUGGCCUGCGAACGGCCAUUGAGGCUCAAUUGUUGGGCGCCAAAGUUGUGGUGCUAGAGAAACGAGAUCGUAUUACCCGCAAUAAUGUGCUGCAUCUAUGGCCAUUUGUCAUCACGGAUCUCAGGAACUUGGGAGCGAAGAAGUUCUAUGGCAAAUUCUGUGCUGGUUCCAUUGAUCACAUCUCGAUCCGUCAGCUGCAAUGUAUGCUGCUAAAGGUUGCUCUACUCCUGGGCGUUGAGAUCCAUGAGGGUGUAAGUUUCGAGCAUCCUUUGGAGCCGAGUGAAGACAGCACCACUGGUUGGAGGGCAGCAGUGAGUCCAGCCGAUCAUGCCGUCUCUCAUUAUGAGUUUGAUGUCCUGAUUGGUGCCGAUGGCAAGAGGAAUAUGUUGGAUUUUCGGCGUAAAGAGUUCCGCGGCAAGCUGGCCAUAGCCAUAACGGCCAAUUUCAUUAAUAAGAAAACCGAGGCUGAGGCCAAAGUGGAGGAGAUCAGCGGUGUGGCCUUCAUUUUCAAUCAGGCAUUCUUUAAAGAACUUUACGGCAAAACGGGCAUCGAUCUGGAGAAUAUUGUGUACUAUAAGGAUGAAACACAUUAUUUUGUAAUGACCGCCAAAAAGCAUAGUCUUAUCGAUAAGGGUGUCAUCAUUGAGGAUAUGGCCGAUCCUGGUGAACUAUUGGCCGCUGCCAAUGUCGAUACUCAAAAGCUCCAUGACUAUGCCCGCGAAGCAGCCGAAUUCUCGACACAAUAUCAAAUGCCUAAUUUGGAAUUCGCUGUCAAUCAUUAUGGCAAACCAGAUGUAGCCAUGUUUGAUUUUACUUCAAUGUUUGCCGCCGAAAUGUCCUGCCGUGUCAUUGUGCGUAAGGGUUGUCGCCUUAUGCAGUGCCUUGUGGGUGACAGCCUACUGGAACCAUUUUGGCCCACCGGCUCGGGAUGUGCUCGAGGUUUUCUCUCCAGCAUGGAUGCCGCCUAUGCCAUUAAACUCUGGUCCAAUCCACAAAACAGUACACUCGGUGUUCUGGCCCAACGAGAGAGUAUCUAUCGGUUGCUCAAUCAGACCACACCGGAUACCCUGCAACGUGAUAUUAGCGCCUAUACGGUAGAUCCGGCCACACGUUAUCCAAAUCUUAAUCGUGAGUCGGUAAAUAGUUGGCAGGUCAAGCAUCUGAUUGAUACCGAUGAUCCGACGAUAUUGGAGCAGACAUUCAUGGAUGCCACACAUGCCACGCUGCAAUUACCUCGCAUGGAGACUCCGGGCAGACGCAAGCGACGCAGUGGAGAUCUUUUGCCUCAGGGUACCAGUUUAUUGCGCUGGAUCAGUGCUCAGCUAAAUGCCUAUCAUUUUGCUGCCGAAAUGAAGGAACCAUCCGAUGUCUUUCGCAAUGGACGCGUUUUGUGUGCCCUCAUCAAUCGCUAUCGUCCUGAUCUAAUUGAUUAUGCGGCCACCAAGGAUAUGACUCCCAUGGAAUCAAAUGAGUUGGCCUUUGCUGUGCUUGAUCGUGAACUGCACAUUGAUCGUAUUAUGAGUGCCAAGCAAUCGAUCGAGUUGACUGAAAUUGAAUCCAGCAAAUGGUUGAAUUACUUAGAUCAGAUAUGUGAAGUAUUUCGUGGCGAAAUACCUCACAUUAAGCAUCCAAAGAUGGAUUUCAGUGAUUUGCGGCAAAAGUAUCGCAUGAAUCACACCCAUGCGCAGCCAGAUUUCUCCAAAUUGCUGCAAACCAAACCCAAGGCUAAGUCACCGAUGCAGGAUGCUGUGGAUAUACCAACAACAGUGCAACGUCGCUCAGUUCUUGAUGAUGAGCGGGCCAAGAGGCAGCGGCGGCAUGAGCAGCUACUAAACAGUGGCAAUGCAACAGCCGCCAGCGGUGGUGCAGGUGGAGGCGGUAGUCCAUCCACCAACUUGCCACAGGGUCAAAGUGAUCGCAGGUCAAAGAAGCGACGACAGGCCGAUAAAACGGCCAAUAUUGAGGAGCGGCAGCUGCGUUUGAAAGAGAUCGAAGAGAAUCGACAGGAUCGCAUGAGCAAGCGACGUCAGCAACGUUAUCAUCAGACCCAAAACUUUUACAAGAGUCUGCAAUUACUGCAGGCGGGUAAACUAUUAAGAGAAGGCAAUGCCGAAGGUGGCGUAGCCGAGGAUGGCAGCUCCUUUGAGGACUAUUCCAUAUUUCUCUAUCGUCAGCAGGCUCCGGUAUUUAAUGAUCGCGUUAAGGAUCUUGAACGCAAACUUUUGUUUCCUGAUCGAGAACGUAGCGAUAUACCAUCUGCCCAGCCCCGGAGUGCUGCCGACGAGCAAUUCAGCGAUCGCAUCAAGAAUAUGGAACAGCGGAUGACAUCACGCGGUGGCUUGGGCAGUGAUAAAAAGCCCAAAGAUCUGAUGCGAGCGAUUGGUAAAAUCGAUUCGAAUGAUUGGAAUGUGCGUGAAAUUGAAAAGAAAAUUGAAUUGUCGAAGAAAACGGAAAUCCAUGGACCCAAGGGACGUGAGAAGGUGCCCAAAUGGAGUAAAGAGCAAUUUCAGGCACGACAGCAUAAAAUGUCCAAGCCCCAGCGUCAGGAUUCACGUGAGGCGGAAAAAUUUAAGGAUAUCGAUCAGACAAUCAAGAAUCUGGAUAAACAAUUGAAGGAGGGUCACAAUCUGGAUGUGGGUGAGCGCGGUCGCAAUAAGGUCGCCUCCAUAGCUGGUCAAUUUGUGAAGAAGGACGAUGGUACAUCGGAGGAAAAGAAUGCUAGUAGCAAUGCCACCACCAAUACCAAUACAAACACAGUCAUACCAAAAUCUAGCUCUAAGGUGGCGCUGGCCUUCAAGAAGCAGGCUGCAUCGGAAAAAUGUCGCUUCUGCAAGCAAACUGUCUACCUUAUGGAAAAGACCACUGUCGAGGGACUGAUCCUGCAUCGCAAUUGCCUUAAGUGUCAUCAUUGUCAUACCAAUUUACGCCUAGGUGGCUAUGCCUUCGAUCGCGACGAUCCCCAGGGUCGUUUCUAUUGCACACAGCAUUUCCGACUGCCAGCCAAACCAUUGCCACAGCGCAGCAACAAGGCAAGAAAAUCUGCUGGAGCUCAGGGUGCAGCCACUACUGGAUCUGCUGCUCCUGCCGCUGCUGAGCCCAUGGACACUACACCAUUGCGGGACCAAGUUGACUUAUUGGAAACCUCACGUGCCUCGGCAGCAGCUGCGGCUGCUGCCUCUGCUGAUGCCAUGUCCGAUGAUGAGGCCAAUGUAAUUGAUGAGCAUGAAUGGUCUGGACGUAAUUUCCUACCAGAAUCGAAUAAUGAUUCACAAUCAGAACUCUCAAGUUCCGAUGAAUCGGAUACGGAAUCGGACUCCGAGUUGUUUGAGGAAGCUGAUGAUUCACCGUUCGGUGCACAAACUCUACAAUUGGCCUCGGAUUGGAUUGGAAAGCAAUAUUGCGAGGAUAGCGAUGAUUCGGAUGACUUUUAUGAUUCCAGUGAAGGUAUAGCAGAUGAUGGUAAGGAUGAUACCGAAGGCGAGGAAUUCAAAAAGGCCCGUGAAAAGCGACGCGAGGAAGUGCGUCUGCAACCGUUGCCUGCCAACCUGCCCACAGAUACCGAAACGGAGAAGCUAAAAUUAAAUGCAGAUAAUAAAGAGAAUAAUGAACGCGCUUCCCUUAAGUCGAUCAAUUCGUUUGAAUCGGCUAAGAGUCAACUGGAAACGCCCACGCCUACGCCCAUGCCCACCACUCGUGUCGAGUUGGAGCAACUGGAACGUAAUGCUCCACGUAAAUUUAGCAGUGAAAUCGAAGCAAUUAGCGAGAAAUUAUAUCAUAUGAAUAAUAUGGUGAAAAUGAACAAAGACCUUGAAGUUUUGGCCAAAGAGAAUUUGGUCAAGAGCGAUAUAUUGCGUAAGCUGACACUCAAGGAGAAAUGGUUGGCGGAGAAUGCAGCCAUAGCAGCAGGAAUGGCCAAUCCAACCAUAGCACCAGUACAACCUCAACUUACUUCUCCUCCCAAAUCCAAGUUCGAUGAGAAAUACGAAAAGGUUGUGAGUCCUUCCCCAUCAUCCAAUCUAUUAGUGGUUGAACCUAAACCCAAGCCAGUGAUUGAUUUCGAUUUGAACGAACUAAAGCCACGUAAACCAAAUUUUGAUGAACGUCCCCAAGAAAUGCUGCCCAAACCGGCCAGCCUUCAAAAGCCAAUCAAGCCAAGUCCUAAGCCAGAACAAAAGAACGGAACCAGCACUAAUGUAAGUCGCUCCAAUAGUAUGAAGAGUAAUGCCAGCUCCAGUGGGGGCAGUCCACGUCUGAAGAAGACAACGACACCCAAAAUGCAUAUUCAAAAUAUCCUGGGCACAAUUAAGAAAAUUGAACGACAACAAAGUAAAGAAGCAGAAGACGACGAAGAAGAAGAUGCCAUGGAUGUAGAUGUGCCGCAGGAUAACAAAGAAUUGAGCAAUAAACUCAAAGAGAUUCAAGCCAGCAGCUUUGCCGGCACCAUGGAUCAUAUAAAAUCGCAGCUAACCAUGCCAACAGUUAGUAGUUCUCAGGCGGCAGCAACAAUGGAUCUAUCCAAAUACUUUCCCAAUCAAAAGCAGGAAAAGAACACAUCGGCCAAUACGAAUAAGAAUCAAAAAACUUUAAAAGAUGUCGAUCUAGCUAAAUAUUUUCCCAGUAGUCCAGUGCCACAGCGAAGAACAGUCGAAACGGUGGCCGAAAAACUCAAGAAAUCACAGACUGAGGCUUCCCUAGCCAAGCCUAAAGAGAUAACUCCACCUGCUUCCCAAUCGGAGGAGAAUAAAACUAAGCCUGUGCCACCAAAGCGUCAAGCCUCGUUGGGUCAAAAUUUUAGUUUACGUGACCAUCAAAUGGACGGAGCUGUCGAUUUAACCAAAAAGAAGGCACCCACAAAGGUGGCGGUGGUUAAUACGGCGAAGAAACCAGCAACAACUACAACCAGUGUGGGUAAAGCCACUACAACAACCAAAGGUAAAGUGAAAAUCGUGAAGAAAAUUGUACCCAAAGGCACUAAGGCGGCUAAAAAAGCGGCGGCAGAAGCUGCAGCAGCAACAGCAGCGGCAACUACAACUACAACAACCGCGGAGAAGGAACCACCACGCGAUGAAGCGGAACGCAUUCUGGAUGAAAUCUUGGGUGAUGGCGGUGCAACACGUUCCCCCAGCUCUGAGUAUCAAAAACUUUUCCAAGAUGAAAAAUCGCCUAGUGAUUUAUCCGAUAAUAUUGAUCGUAUUCUCGAAGAGACGGGUCUGAAUUUGGAAUUGGGUUUACCACGACGCAGCAGCAGCAAACCCAAGUUACAAAAGACCAAAUCCCUUGGCGAGGGUGAUUUCGAAAUGAAGCCAUCGUCUCCACGCCUCACCGGAGUACAGAAUAUACUUAAACGUUUCGAAUCACUCAGUUCGGUUAGUUCACACAACAGUGAGGAUCAGGCAUUCAAAUUGCGACGCAUGGAAUCAACUACCAGUAAUCUGAGUAAUCUCAAUCGUUCACGUGAAUCGUUAUUGUCGGCCACGAGUGAUUCAAUGAGUGAUUUGGAAAAGACCAUGGACUAUUUACGCAACGAAUGGCGUAAUGAGGCCACAAACUUUUUGCAGAAAAAGCGCAAUAAGUUCUAUGCCCAGAAAGAGGAACAGCAGCAAAAGCAGGCUGAAAUCAAUUCCAAACCAGAUCCAAUCAGAGAUCUUCCCGUGCAAUAUCGCGAAUCUAAAAUAUCCAAAUUCUUUGGACUCGGUUCACGAAAAUCACCCGAGAAACGCAAAUCACCAAUUAAGAAAAAGAAGUCACCCACAAAGAGUCAAAAGGUGACAGCCUCAAAAGCCAAUAAUUCUCUGGAAGAGUUGGCCAACAUAAGCAAUGCCCGUCAGGCUAAGCAGGCACAAAAGAAAGCCAAUAAAUUAAAUGUUGUUAGUAACAAGCCAGUGGAGAAACCGGCACAAAAACCGACCACACCUGUUCCAGAUGAUUUUGAGAUUCUCGAUUUGCUGGACAAGGCCACAGAAGCCAAAGAACAUGAAAGGGCACAGACAAAGAGUCCGGCCAUAGAAUCAUUAGUUGAUGGAACUCCAAUAGAUAAUCCGGUGAUUAAUCAAACCAUUCCCAUUGAGGAUAUUAAAAACUUGCCAAAGACAGGAUGUGACAAGUCCUUGAACAAUUCACGACGCGGUUCGCAGGCUAGUUUAAUACUUUCACGGCGAAACUCAGGUGAUAUAUCUCUAACAGAGAAGCUGAAUCAAGAUGCUCUUGCUGCUCUCAGUCAAUUGAAAAAGGAGCAUCAGUCUCAGGAUGUGGAAGAGCUCUUCCAGAGCAUGGUUGAGGAAAUGGAUCAGGAGCCAAAAGCCAUAGACAUUGAAGAUGUGGAUGCUGAUGCGGAUUCAUUGUGCACCACCAUUAGCAAAAGUCCCAGUGCUCAACCCAUCACUGUGGUAAAGCGAGGUAGCUCAGAGGAGCAUAGCAUUGAGAAGCUAUUUGGCAAUUUCUCUGAUGAAAUGCUAGUGAAUGUUGAAUUCGAUUCCAACGAUGAGCUGAUUGGCAUAAGCCCACGUGCCACAGUCCAUUCCAGUGAAUCGGCGGAUCGUGAUUUCAUAGAUAAACUAGAGUCACUAGAACGAGAUGUUGAGCCUGUAGUUAUGAAUACGUUUCAUAAUGACAUUAUUAAAGAUGAUGAGGUUGAUGGUUUGCAUUUUCCAUCGCGUCCACAGCGUCGUCAAAAGAGCAGUUCCUCAUCCAGUGAGCCGACCAUGCCAGUGCCUCCUCAACGCCUGAAAAAUAAAUUAGCCAAACUAGACCCCGAAAAUAUGCCGCCUUCAGUACAAGAUCUACUGGAACAACAUGUCCACCCAGAUAGAUUGGAAAUAGAAAAGCCUAGAGAAGCGCAAGAAGCAUUAAGGUUCCCCACAAUAGUUGUGGAGCAGGAUGAAAUGCUGGAAAGGGAUCGAGUUCUUGAUCAGAAUGAAAUGCUGCAAAGGGAUGAAGUUCUUAAGCAGAAUGAAAUGCUGGGAAGGGAUGAAGUUCUUGAUCAGACUGAAAUGCUGCCAAUGGAUCAAGUUGAUGGCGCUGUUUCAACGAAAACUGUGGAGGUCAAGGAAAAGCCAACAAAUACUCCAAAGAGUCAAACCAGUUCUCUUAAAAGCGAGAAUUCCUCACAAGGCAGUCUCAAUGAAGUUCCUAAAAUUGUGACCCCACCAAAACAGGCUAGCAAGGAAAAUUCCAGUGACUGGGAUAUGGAAAAAAUGCCAGCCUCACCCAUGCCGCGGCGCAAACAACAAACACAAAGAACAACUGUCUCCAAGGAGAGUUCCUUGGAAUGGGACAUGGAAAAGAUGCCGAAUAGUCCCAUGCCGCCACGUCGAAACAAACUACUCCGCAACAUAUCUCCAAGUAAUUCAAUCCAACUACUUAACAAUAUAUCUGACGUCAAUGAGGAGGCAGCUCAACGUCGACUUAUCGACGACAUUGAACGAGAACGUCGUCAGGCUCUAAUAAAGCGUGAUGAAAACUUUGAAGUGAUAGCAGCGGAGCAAAGGAGACGUGACUCCCUUCAGAGCAGCAGUAACUCAAGCAGCAAACGUAGUCUACCUCCUCCUUCAUCCACGUCCAAACCAACCACAAUGAAGAGCUCCCAGUCGAGAGCCACAACUCAGGACACUAAUCGCACAGAUGUAACCAAACGAGAGGGAACUCCUCCCAUGUUCAAGAAACUAGAUCUUGAUGGAACAUCCACACCAUUAGACUCCACAACGUGCUCUACGCGUCGUAGCUCAUUUGCAUUUAUAGAGUUGCAGGAUAACAAACCAGUGAUUGUCCCAAUGCCCAAGAAGCUGAAACUACCGAAAAAGGAAGCCAUCAAAUUUGUUCCCGAAAUAAUUUCAGCCGAUGAACCUGUGCCAGAGGUUUUCCAAGGUCGUUCAUGGCCAAAGGCGCAAAUAGAGGGUUUGACCAUGGCCAGCGACGACGAAGAUCUCGACGACCUAGAUGAGGAGGAGAAGAGAAAGAAACUUUUACCCGAAUAUGCUCGCUCCGACUCGCCGCCUUCGGCUGCUUUUAAAAAUCGACAAUGGCCCGAUGGCAAAACAGUUUUUCCAAAGGAACAACGUGCUGAUUCUAUAGAGUCGGACGAUAUUCUCGGCCUACUGAAGGCCAGCAAGCGACGUGAUCUGUCCAAUGGUUCAGCUGCUAUACGAAAUAAACCACGUUCUCAAUCCCCACAGCCUUUUAAGCCACUGACAGCAAGCUCUCGCCAGAGUUCGAAAUCGUACAGUGACCUCAAGAAAGGUGCCUCCACUCACGCCUCACUGCAGUCGCUAUCGGCUCAUUCUAGUCAGGAUGCCACCGAUAGUCACUCAACAACGGCCACAACAGUGACCACAUCACGGCCAGCAGUAAGCUACAUUAACUAUGAUGAAUCGGUGGAUGCCAGCACUAAAGCUCUAUUGGAUCGCAGUAAGAAGCUGCACAAUCGAAAGCGUGAUUUUGUUAAUGAACGUGUAGUGGAGCGGAAUCCCUAUAUGCGCGAUGUCAUACGUAGUACGGAUCGCAAUGAUUACUACGAUGGGGCAGAUGAUGAUCUAUCUAGCUAUCGUCCGCGACAUUAUGCUCCCUCACCAACGACAACUGCAAGUCGUUUUCCCAGCACUUCAACGCACCGCAGCAACAACUAUGACUACCUCAGCCGAAGACCACUCAGCUAUGCAUCAGCACUUGGAGGAGGCACCACCACCACCUCCCCUUAUUAUCCAAGUACAACAGCAUCAUCGACACCGCGAAGUUCCCAUCUCAGUGAUCUUUUCAAACGUCGCAGUCCGGCAUCAAGUUCCAGAUAUGGCGAUUACAGUCAUCUACCAUCAACAACCAGCAAAGAGUCGUGCGUACAAAGCGAAUCCGACAGCACAUGGCCUGACGAAGUUGAGCUUAACUCUGCCACAGAAAUAUCCACCGAUUCCGAAUUUGAUAACGACGAAAUCAUACGGCAGGCACCAAAAAUCUUUAUCGACGAUACACACCUAAGAAAGCCCACUAAAGUCCAGAUCAAGUCCUCCAUUAUUACGCCCAGUGCCUCGGGAUUGCACCAAAAACAAUUGGCUUCUCGCGAAAAAGGUGGCAGCUAUUUGCAAAAAUAUCAGCCCCAGCAACCGCCACUGCCACAGUUUAAGCCACUGGUUCAGGUCGAUCCCACUUUGUUAAUUAAUAGUCAACGCGGUGCUCCCCUACAAAAUCCACGUCCUGGUGAUUAUUUGCUAAAUAAAACAGCCAGCACCGAGGGCAUUGCCUCGAAGAAGAGUCUGGAGUUGAAGAAACGUUACCUGCUGGGCGAACCAGCUAAUGGCAAUAAGAUACAAAAAUCGGGAUCCACAUCGGUUCUCGAUUCACGUAUACGUAGUUUCCAAUCGAACAUCUCUGAAUGUCAGAAGUUAUUGAAUCCCAGCAGUGACAUCAGUGCAGGCAUGCGUUCCUUCCUGGACAGAACCAAACUGGGCGAAGGUCAGAACAAUGAUCUUAUGCGUUCGGCUACCAGCAAUGUGAUUAAUGAUUUACGGGUGGAACUAAAAAUCCAAAAGGCUCCAUCGAGCAACUCUACGGACAAUGAGAAGGAGAAUGUAUUUGUCAAUAGCAAAAACGAGUUGAACAAAGGCAUGGAGUACACGGAUGCGGUGAAUGCCACUCUCCUGGAACAGCUUGGUCGCAAGAAUGCAACUCCCACAACGCCCACGAACAAUAAAACUGUAAUCGAAGUAAUCGAUUUAGUUACACCCGAGAAGGGUUCAAUACCCAUUAUUGAUCUGACUACUUUGGAGACUCCAAGGAAAUUAGCCGAUGGCAUUAUUGAAGUAGAUGAUCGUCUUACCCCUGAUAGCAAUAAAAUCAGUGAUCUGAUCAGUGAAAAAGGAGACCAACCAGAGCCAGAUGUGUCUAAGGAUGUGAAGGAAUGUAUUCCAGAUAUAUUGGGUGACAUAAGGACAGAUAAGCAUGUGAAGCCAGGCGGAGGACACACCGAAGACGAGCAGAGUCUUCUCUGUCAAUCAGAUGAGGAGAAGCGUGACUCACCGGAGAAAGAGAAUGCCGAUCCUGAUCAAUACGAUGAUACUCAGGAUGCAGUUCAAAUUCAAGUGCCGAAUAUACCAUGGAGCAAACCAAAAUCAGAGAUUAUAUCGACCACGGCUAGCAGUGGCGGUACAAGUUGCUCCAGCUCAAACAGUUCCAGCAUUGAGGACAUUCAACAUUAUAUACUGGAGUCUACAACAAGUCCGGACACACAAACAACGACGCCAGCGACUGGCAAACACAAUGUGCCACGUCUUGAGGUGCACGAUACGACUGGAGCCCUAAUGGAAGUGGAUAGCCUAAUGAUUGUCAAUGGCAAGUAUAUCGGUGAUCCGGAGGAUGUCAAAUAUCUGGAAAUGCCAGCAGAUGUGAUAGUUCCAGCGCCGGCGGUACUAAAGACCAGCGAACUGGAGGAUGACCACGAUGGGGAUGUAGAGCCAGUCACGGCUACUCCAGAGCCCGCAGAGUGUACGGUCAUCGAGGCCGAUCGAGGGCAGAUUGUUGUAGACCCUUGUCCAUUGCCCGAAAUGGGACCACCUAAAUUGAAAUUUGAUAGCAAAAAUGAAAACAAAAUCGAAAGUCUCAAGAAUCUACCUCUUAUUGUGGAUCAUCAAAUAGAACAUAGUCAGGUGGUAAAGCCGAUAACCCUUAACUUGAGUAGUGUGGCCAAAACACCAGAUACCCCGACCACACCCACAGCCCACGAUAGUGAUAAGACUCCCACGGGACAAGAGGUUCACUCACGGGGUUCCGAUUCCGAAACUGAGGCCACUGGAACUGGACAAGUGUUAACAGAGACCGAGUUAUCGGAUUGGACGGCUGAUGAUUGCAUUUCAGAGAAUUUCGUAGAUAUGGAAUUCGUACUAAACUCAAACAAAGGCACCAUGAAGCGUCGCAAAGAGAAGAGACGAAGCGCCGGAAUGAAACUUCCCAGCAGCCAUGAUGUAAUCCAUGAGUUGGCCAAACAAGCGCCAGUUGCCGAAAUGGAGGGCAUUCUUCAUGCCAUUGACAUCGAUGACAUUGAGUUUAUGGACACGGGAUCGGAGGGAUCUUGUGCUGAGGCCUAUUGUGCCACAAAUACAGCUUUGCUGCACAAUCGCGGCUAUAUGGAAUAUAUAGAGACCGAUUCAAAACAGCAGCAGCGAUCCCAGCAACAGCAAAAGCCAAACCCUCCAAUUCAACCAGCUAAGCUGCUGCCAUCGUUGAUAACGAAACGCGAUGAGAAACUGGGCAUUGACUAUAUUGAGCAGGGAUCCUACAUAUUGCACGAUGACGCCAAGACCCCAGUGAAUGAGACACCAUUGCCCGUUAUGAGUCAAUCUUUGACCGACUCGAGCACUCUAAACGAACUGGACGACGAUAGUUUGGGUAUUGGAAUGGGCACGUCACAGACACAGCCCACAACUACGGAGGAGAGCGAGGCUCUAACUGUGGUGACCAGCCCAUUGGACACGUCUUCGCCCCAGGUGCUCGAUCAUUUUGCCUCACUGCUGGCAUCGGGCAAGGCAGAUGGGUCCACGCCCAGCAGCUCGGAGCAACAGCCAAAGACUUCAACAGUGACAACUAGUAGCAGCGGUGCCAGUAGUUCCACUCCUGGACCUCAGGCGGCCGCUAAGGAAACUGCUCCAGCCGAAGAGGAUCUGCAAAUCCAGUUUGAAUAUGUGAGAGCUCUGCAGCAGAGGAUUUCGCAGAUUAGCACACAGCGUCGCAAAAGUUCCAAGGGGGAGGCACCACCAAAUCUGCAAACUGCAACUGUGAUAGAAUCAACAAAUGCCGCCGCCUCCGAUUAUCCAAACGAUGAGACGACCAUGCGACCCAGAAGCAGCAGCUCUUCCAGCAAAGUACCAGAGAUACCCACGCUCAGUAGCAAACUGGAAGAGAUCACCAAGGAGAGGACCAAGCAAAAGGAUCUCAUACACGAUUUGGUUAUGGAUAAAUUGCAGUCGAAGAAGCAGCUAAAUGCCGAGAAACGACUGCACAGGAGUCGUCAACGCAGUCUUCUGACUAGUGGCUAUGCCAGUGGCUCCAGUCUGAGUCCCACUCCCAAGUUGGCGGCAGCUGCCAGCACACAGGAUACUAAUUGCUCUAGCCAGGCGCAUUAUCAUGUAUCGACAGCCGAAGAGCAGCGACCCAGUAAGACACAGCCUAAUCCUCUGCAGAAGUCGGCCACUGCCACAUAUGUGUCGCCCUAUCGCACUGUCCAGGCGCCAACUAGGAGCACUGAUGCCUACAAGCCACGCCCCUUUAGCGAGCAUAUAGAUGCCGAACAGAUUAAACUACUCGAUCGUUACAAAUUGAAUAAAACUUCGUCGUUUAAUAAUGGCAAAAUGAGUGAAGCAUUUGUCACGCCCAUUGCACCGGGACGCACACAUCGUGCUGGUGUACAACACGCAGCUCCAGCUGAAAUAAAUAUAUCCGCAUCGACAGAAAACUUGCGCAGUGAGGCCAGAGCCCGUGCCCGUCUCAAGUCGAAUUCAGAGUUGGGUCUGAGUCCGGAGGAGAAGAUGCAGCUACUACGCAAGCGCUUGCAUUACGAUCCCAAUGCCAAGCAACAGCUAGAGGACACGCAGUCCGGUGAACUGGCCGCCCGGGCCCGCAAAAUGAGCGCAUCCAAGAGCGUCAAUGAUCUGGCCUACAUGGUCAGUUUGCAACAGCAGCAACAGUCGCAGCACAACCUCGACAAGGAUCAAGCCAAGACGCCUGAUUUUACAUCCGAUCCCAAUUUGGCAGCUAGCAGCAGUCAGGAUCAACAGCUGAAAACCAAAUCGAGCAAGAGAUCAAACAAGGAUCCCGAACGCCGCAAGAGUCUGAUUCAAUCUCUAUCGAGUUUCUUCCACAAGGGAAGUAACAGUAGCUCCACAUCGCCAACAGUUUCGACCAGUCCCAAAGAGCAAGGCGCCGCCGUCGCAGCUGCCUCUGCCAGUCUCUCUGACCAAGCAGAGCGACCCGGCACCAGAAGCAGCGCCACCCCGCCAAUCUCUGAUGCAGGCAGUGGCAGCGGUGGGGUCUUUAGUCGUUUCCGCAUCUCACCAAAGUCCAAGGAGAAGUCGAAGUCUUGCUUUGAUCUGAGGAAUUUCGGUUAUGGUGACAAGGAUAUAGCCGUGAAUGCAGCCACAAACACGAUAUCAUCAACUACACAGACAAAACACUCGCAAGAUCAUCUAAACACUACGGCAAAUCAGAGUCGCUAUCGCAAACAACAACAAACGAACAACACGAACUCGAAUUCGAAUUCGAAAUCCAAAUGCGAAACUUUCUCGACAUCCAGUCCGCAGCUCUAUAUACACAAACCCCAUCAUUUGGCCGCAGCGAAAGCUCUGGAUGAUCAGACACCGCCACCUAUACCGCCAUUGCCACUGAAUUAUCAAAGAUCCGAUGAUGAGAGUUAUGCUAACGAGACACGAGAGCAUAAAAAGCAACGUGCCAUAUCGAAGGCUUCACGACAAGCUGAGCUCAAGCGAUUGCGAAUCGCUCAAGAAAUACAGCGUGAACAGGAGGAAAUCGAGGUGCAGCUAAAGGAACUGGAAGGACGCGGUGUACUCAUUGAGAAGGAGCUGCGUGGCGAGGCGCAGCACACAGAAAAUUUGGACUUGGCAAAGGAUAACGAUGAGAAACUAUUAAAGGAACUUUUAGAAAUCUGGCGUAACAUCACAGCACUCAAGAAACGCGAUGAGGAACUGACUAUUAGGCAACAGGAAUUGCAAUUGGAAUAUCGGCAUGCCCAGCUCAAGGAGGAGCUCAAUCUGCGUUUGUCAUGCAAUAAACUCGACAAGAGCUCCGCCGAUGUAGCAGCCGAGGGUGCUAUACUCAAUGAGAUGUUGGAAAUUGUUGCCAAACGUGCGGCCCUACGUCCAACAGCCUCUCAGCUCGAUUUAACCGGAGCGGGUGCGUCAACCUCAACGGAAGCGGCCGGCAUUAAGCUAUCGGGUCAACCGCACGAUCUUGAAGAAUCGAAUAUUUGAGUAGCAAACUUUCCAUGGGGUUUGCUGGCCUAUGAAAUCGUGCAAGGAGUUUUAAGCCUUAAUACUUAAGCAGAAACGUACCAAAAAUCGGAUAAAAAUUUAACAAUACUAAAGAAAAAUAAGAAAAACAAAAAGCAACGCAUGAGCUGUAUACAGAAACGAGCAAAACCUAUUCAUUGCAGAUGAACAAUUUCAACAACAAGAACAAUUAAUUUAAGUAGAGAUGCGCAAGUUUAUUGUAAAGUACACAAAAUCAAAACCAAAAAAAAAAAAAAAUACGAAAACUUUAUUUGCAAUUUGAAAUUAAGACCUACAUUUGUUUCUUAACACACAUUACACACAUUUUGUUUUGUAAAUGUAACUCUAAUAAUUAGUUGUGAACCAGUUGCAAAUUUAUCAAUUGUCUGAUCUUCGUAUUAUGUAUUAUGUUGUCUAUGGAAUUAAAUUUAAAAUUAUGUAUGUGCAACGGGUUAAUGGCAUGUAGUAAAUGGUGUUAUAUUUUAUCCAUUUGCUUAGGUUAGUUCCAUUUAGUUUUGAUUAUUUCUUAUGUUUAUUUUUGAAUAUAUGUGUGUGUGUACCGUUUGAAUGUAUUGUUUAAAUGCCCAUUAAAAAUAAAAUAUGUAUGUAUAUGAUCCGA